AGUUAAACAAACUAUCAAGUACUACACAAGCCGCAAAACCCCGGUUUUUGGGUGUUUUCUGGAUCUUUCCAAGGCUUUUGAUCUUGUUCGCUAUGAAAAGCUGUGGAAAAAGCUAGAAUACAGUAAAGUACCUCCUGAAAUUCUUAGCCUGUUUAAAUACUGGUAUGCACAUCAAGUAAAUGUAGUGAAAUGGUCAAACUCCUUUUCUGAACCCUAUAAACUGGAAUGCGGCUUGAGGCAGGGGGGGUUAACUUCGCCUAGGAUGUUUAACCUGUAUGUGGACUCCCUGAUCGAGGAGCUGAGUAGCACCCAUGUCGGCUGCCAUAUUGAUGGAGUUAAUGUUAAUAAUUUAAGUUACGCAGACGAUAUGGUGCUGCUCAGCGCCUCGAUCUGCGGACUGAACAAACUAUUAAAAAUAUGCGAAAAAUUCGCCAGUGAGCAUGGACUCUUAUAUAACAUAGAUAAAAGUGUAUACAUGGUAUUUCAGGCCAAGGGGAGACGUCCGGAUAAAGUUCCAAACAUUUAUUUGAACAAUAAAUGUCUUAAAAGAGUGGAACAAUUUAAAUAUCUUGGACACUGGCUAACCUUUGACCUGAAAGACAAUGUAGACAUAGAACGAGAGCGAAGAGCGUUGUCUGUGAGAGCAAAUAUGAUCGCCCGCAGGUUCGCGUGCUGCACAACAGAAGUUAAAUUAACUCUAUUCAGGGCUUUCUGCACCAGCUUCUACACGUGUAGCCUGUGGGUUGAUUAUACGCAACGACAGUACAACGCUCUUCGCAUACAGUAUAAUAACGCUUUUAGAGUGCUGCUGGCGCUGCCGCGGUACUGCAGCGCGUCGGGGAUGUUUGCCGACGCCCGCGUGGAUUGUUUUUAUACGACCAUGCGGAAGCGGUGCACAUCUCUGGCGCGCAGGGUGAGGGGCAGCGACAACACCAUUCUAAAAGUGUUAGCAAAUAGGUUUGACUUUGAGUAUAUGAAUCAUUGUUCGAUGAUUCAUAUGCGUAAAGUCACUACCUUGCGCAUGUGAAUCGUUGAGCGGUGGUUCUUAUGCUCAA